AAUAAAGAAACUUAAAAAAUUAUAAUUUCAAGAGAAAAUUAUUUGCAUUCAUUUAAUCAUUUUGACAGAAUCAGAUCGUAAAAUAACUAAAAAAAUAUUACUCAUUUUGAAGUAAAAAGGGAAAGUGGCAAAAAUUGAAAGACAUUGCCCACUUUGAGCAUAAAUAUAUCUCGCUUUAAGUAUAAGAAACUCCAUUGUAUAUUAAAAGUCUUUAGUAUACAAAUUAUGUAACAAAAUGGCAUCGAAAACUAACCCAAAUGAAAAACAUAAUUUGGACUUGUACUACCAAGAGGCGGUGAAUAUUGCCAAAAUAGCAGGAAAGCUUGUCCGUGAAGCAUUUUACUCUGAGAAAAGAAUUGAUACAAAGGAUCACAAAACCGACCUGGUAACUGAAACUGACCAAGAAUCAGAGAGGAUCAUUAAAAAACACUUCAAAGAGAAAUUUCCAUCACACAGCUUUAUAGGCGAGGAAUCAGUUGCUGGAGGAGAGAAAUGCAACUUAACUGACAACCCAACAUGGAUAAUUGAUCCUAUUGAUGGAACAACAAAUUUUGUUCAUAAGUUUCCAUUCAGUGCCAUAUCAAUUGCACUUGCCAUUAACAAAGAGCUUGUAGUUGGUGUCAUUUACAACCCAAUUCUGGAUGAGAUGUUCUCAGCAAUCACUGGACAUGGUGCUACAUGUAAUGGCAAACCUAUUAAGCCGUCAAAUGUAACAGAAAUCAACCAAGCUUUGCUGAUAACAGAAAUAGGAGCAAGCAGAGAGCAGAAUAGGAUAAAUGGAAUUAUGAAAAACUUACAAAAAAUAAUUACAGAGCCAUACAUGGCCAGAGGCAUUCGCUCACUGGGUUCGGCCGCAUUGAACAUGUGUUACGUCGCAGCUGGAAGAGCUGAUGCAUAUUAUGAGUUUGGAAUCCACUGUUGGGAUAUUGCAGCUGGUAUUGUUAUAUUAAAGGAAGCUGGUGGGAUGUCCUUCGGGGCUACAGGAGAGCCUGUCGACAUAAUGGCUAGAGAAAUUGUUUGUGCUGGCAGCGAGGUUUUGUGCAAGAAGAUCUGUAACGCAAUAACAAGAGUACCCCACAUCAGAGAUUGAAGCUUUCAUAAAUGAAUACCUAUAUGUGCUAUCUUUCUGUAAAUUGAUACCUAUAUACUAUCCAAAUGCAAAUAAGUGGACCAAAAGAUGACAAAAAGAAGGGGGCAUUUGAUUCUACUUUGAAUGAGAUAAUACGAAACUUGGAAAUAAAUUAAUGAAAUCUUAUAGACAACCUCUAAAACUUCUUAAUAUUUUAUGAAAAGAUUGUUUUAAAAAAAGUCUGGACAUUUUA